ACCAUUGGGCUGGAAGAAAGAAGACAAGAACCCCACGUACAGGGGUCGCAGAAUAACUAUGAGGGGAAAGUUCAUCACCAUCUGCUCAGUAGCAGUUCUCUUCAUUCUGCUGCAGGCAGAUGUCACUCUCUCCAGAAGAGGAGGGAGUAGAUCCAGGUCUAGAUCCAGAUCCAGAUCCAGUUCCACCAAUAGGGGAAGCCAGCAUGAAUCUAGCAAACCUGUCAUGAACUCUGAACCAUCUGCGGAGGAAACUGGGCAUCUUGCCUAUGGUGCUUCUGCUUCACAUCACAACCAAAAAACCCACAUCCAUCAUAACAACCCUUCCUCUUCACAAUACAAUCCCAGUUACCCACAAAAUGGUACCUAUUCCCAAUACAAUCAUGAUAUUCCAUUGAAAUUUGACAACUCUUUUCAUAGACUUGGCUAUCCAGAAAACGCUGGCUUCCCUAACUAUGGAGGAGACAGCAGCUGGGACCAAUACUAUAGUAAGCCAUGGAAACCUAAGCCUUCCAAGCACAAGGCCAUGGCAUUAGCAGUGGCAGCAGGUACCAACGGUGACUUCCUCUUAGGCCCUGGCAUGUCUGCUAUGCAUUUCCAUUUUAAUGGCCUCGAUGAGGAGAGGUGGUGGCAUGAGAACCGCGAUAACUACCCUGAUCAAGUCUACUUCCCGUGGUACGAACAGCCUGUCCCGGAGGAUGUCUUUGUGAGGGACUGUUGGAACAUCACCAUGAGAGGGUUCGUGGCUCCCAGUGGGACUGAAACAGCUGACGAGAUGGAAACCAGGGUUGUGGGACAAGUGGUGCACCAAAUGUGUGCAAAGCAAUACCAUGUGGUUCUGCAACAUUCCAUAGGAGACAGCGCCUGGGACACACACAGAAUGAGGCCUGGGUCAGGUGCAGCUCUCACAGGAGCUGCAGGCGAAGCUGCUGGCACCUAUGGCUUAAGUAGGCACAUUCUCACGCCGAUAGCACUCUUCUAUUUGCCAGCCUUUCUGUGUUAUUGAUCAUUAGACUGUAUGUCUGCUUCGUGUUACCCCCCAGGCUGUACUCUUUCAUAAACCCAUACCCUCUUCCAAAAGCCCAGACCCUACUCCUCUUUGGGGCAGGAGGCUACAGCAGCCAGAUCACCAUAAGCCUGGAGGGCCCAUAACCAUGUUGAGUGGAGGCAAUUUAGCUGUUGUGACCCCACCUCCUCAAGUAGUUGUUUCAAGCUGUCCAUUAGCCUCUGCUUUGCUGUUGAUCUUGUGGUUAUAUGCUUGUUGGCCAUUUGUUACCUUUUACAGGGAAAUGAAGACAGGAGGGCCUGGCAGAAGACAGGAGGGCCUGGCAUGCUCUGGUCCAUGGGGUCACGAAGAGUUGGACACGACUGAAUGACUAAGCAACAACAGGGAAAUGGUCUGGUAGACAUAGGAGGAUAAAGUCUGAAAAAGCAAGAAGGCAGCAGGAGAGAACUAUGCAUCUGAGAAAGUUUAGGAAGAAGUCUUAGAUCAGGGUGAGCAACUUGUAGCCCUCUAGAUGUUCCUAGACUGUGUCCUCUUUGACUCAUACCCAGCAUAGCCAGUCCAAAAUAGAUUUCAUUCAGAAAGCUGCAGGUCUCUGACCUGUGCUGACCUUCCUUCAACCUUAGACUGCUAUUUUUAGGGUUGCUGAUGUUCUCCCUUCACAUACCUCUCUCUUGUCCCUCCUAGGAGGAUACGUCUUCUCUUUGUUCUCUGGAGAUGAAAGGGGCCACCAUAGCUCCUUGCAUAUCCAACUCAAUCAGAACUAAGUCUUCUAGGAUCUUUCCAAUCUCAAGUGUACUUCUCUAAUAAACACAAGAUUUCAUAUUUUCUUUGAAAGAACAUGAUCCUGUUACACAAGGGAAGGUGUCCUCUAAUAAUAAUUCCAAGUUUCAAAGUGCUGAAUCAACACUUUAGCUUACAGUAGCUCCCGGGCUGCUACUUUUGCUUAUGUUUCAACUAAGCAAAAAUGCCCCACUGCCAUACUUAUGGAAUCCUGGGCCAUGGAAGAGGGGAGGGGUGCUUAUAGAAGAUGGAAGAAUGGUAGGCUGUUCCAAGAGUUACAAACCCAUCAAGAAGCCUCCAUUAAUGGCUGAUGGACAGUAGGCUUGCCUUAUUAUAGGAACAGAGCUGCAGCAAUGAAAGAGAGCUGCUCAUGAAAGAGAUGCAGGAUGACUCCUUGAGGAUGCUUGAAAAUGAAUGUGCAGCUGCUCACAAGGAAGAGUUGCAUGGCCACACUGUCUUCAUAGGUUUCUGUCCCAGGAAGACAACAGCAUACCCACUAUUAUCUUCUAUAAAGCAGAUAUUCCUAAUGCAUGCAAGCUGGUAAAUAAAUAAAACAUUAUAU